ACGUCGAGGCCUAGUUCUCGAGAAAAGAAAGAGCAACCCAGUUUCAACUAGUGAAAGGCAAACAAUUACGACAAGGAGAGAACCUUCUUUUGUAUCCAAGUUGUUGUAGAGCUAACCUUUUAAGUGCCUUCUAGCCAAUGUAUCGCUUCGGAAUCAUGAAUUUGUCUAAUGUGCGUGUUAACAUUAACAAUACAAGAACUUAAAAUAUUAUAUAACUCAAAUAACGGCUACACUUGACCGAGCAAGUCAACACAAAUAAUAUCCAAGGAGUUAAACAUUUUCCUCGUGGGAAAUAAACGGGUUUGAGUGUGGACAUGUACGUGUCUGUGCUCGUCAGCUUCAGAUUUCAUUUGACAAAAAGAAAACUACCUCCCAAUUCUCCACGGUCAUGUGAUUUUAAUUAUUUAAACAAACUAUGAAAUAUAUCAUUACAAUCCACUACAAAUAAAAUUGCAUAUGCAAUACGAAAAUAUGUAUAUUGCAAUUGGUUAUCAUUUGACAUAUUUAUAUAUUAUUUAUUUGCGUUUUAAAAAGAUAUUUAUUUAUUUUAAUGAUUAAGUUGUUUUGGGUUUGAAGAUCUGUAUAGUUUUUAAGGUGAGGCAAAAAAAUUAAAGUAACUUUUUUUAUGAGACGGUUUCAACCGUUCUCAAAAUUCAUUGGUUGAAUUUUUCAACAUCAAUUUCGAUUUUGUGUCUCUUUUCGAACGUGGGCUUUAGGACAACAAUUGAAGAUUUUUUACGGGUUUUUUCUCUCGUUAGCCACAUUUAUCUUUCUUUAUGUUUUAGUUAUGUUUGAUUAUCAUUUUACUGUUGAAUAUCUCUCUGAUUGUAAUCGACUUAGUCCAUUGGACGCUUAAUUUUAAUAUAAGUAUUGGUUGUUCUGAAAAAAAAAAGACUCUUUUUUUUUGAAAAAAAAAAAAGACUCUUUCUAACGGAAAUCGAACAUAUGCUCUUUUAGAUUUUUACUAAAUGAUUAAAGAGUUUUAGCCAUAAGCCAUGUAAUUAAACUCCACGUUGGCGACAUAUACUUUCGAUGAUAUUUGACUCUUUUAUACCUUAAAUUUAUAGUUGUACUAUUUUGUAAGGAAACCCCAUAAGACUCGAGCAUAUUGUAAGUGAAAGAGAGAUGCCACAGUUUCUGGUUUUUCUUCUUUUUGGGACAAAAUAAAUCAUUUUUCUUAGAUCUCUGAAUUGAACGGUCAAGAUUGUGUAUUAUUUCAGGAGAUUAAGAUCCUACAUGUCCCACGUGCAUAAAAACUGCAUCAUCUCUCUCUCUCUCUUUCAGAGUCUUUUGUCUAUAAAAAGCCUCUCGGCCCACACUUGUUUGAAGACAGUACACUAACUCAAAAGACAGAGAGAUAGAGCAAAAGAAACCUUCCAUUUCAAGAAAGCAUCAUUCUUGUUUGUUGGUGUGUCCGAAAAUGGAAGAUCUUGAAGAUGAGUACAAGAAUUAUUGGGAAACCACAAUGUUCUUCCAGAAUCAAGAACUCGAAUUCGACAGCUGGCCGUUGGAAGAAGCGUUUUCGGGUUCCGGUGACUCGAGUUCGCCGGACGGAGCAGCAACCUCUCCGGCUUCUUCAAAGAACGUUGUCUCCGAGAGGAACCGACGGCAAAAGCUUAACCAGAGACUCUUCGCUCUCCGAUCAGUCGUUCCCAACAUAACCAAGUUGGACAAGGCAUCUAUCGUCAAAGAUUCAAUCGACUAUAUGCAAAAACUUAUUGAUCAAGAGAGAAGACUAGAAGCAGAGAUCCGAGAGCUGGAAUCACGAUCAGUAUUGCUAGAAAAUCCUAUAAAAGAUUAUGAUUGCAUCAAUAAUUUCCUUGAAAAUCAGCAGCAAGAUCUCUUAGACAAUAAUGUCACGAGAUCAAAGAAGUCCAGGCAGAUGGAUUACAAUACUUCUGGAUCAUCAGUUGCUGGACUACAUAAUCAAUCCCUCAUUGAAGUUCUCGAAAUGAAGGUGACGUGGAUGGGAGAGAGGACAGUGGUGGUAUGCAUAACAUGUAGCAAGAGGAGAGAAACAAUGUUGCAGCUUUGUAAAGUAUUGGAGUCUUUGAAUCUCAACAUUGUCACUACUAACUUCUCUUCCUUCUCCUCUCGUCUCUCCACCACUCUCUUCCUCCAGGUAACUUUCUCUAUCGAUCUUUUUUAUUUUUACAUUUUCAAAUGUGUGGUAAAUUUGCUACAUUUUGUGUUAAUUAGCACAAAUGUAGUGAAACAUAUAUCACUGUUUGAGGUUAAAGUUUGAACUCUAUAUAACGGAAUUACAUUUUUUUUAAAUGUCUUGUUUUGGUUCAUACUUUUAUUUUUCAGUGAUCGAAUUAAGUUAUACUAUCUCCGUUUCAAAAAUAUAAUUUUUUUAGUAUUUUUCACACAUAUUAAGAAAACACAUUAAACUACCAUAAUAAAUAUUUUAUUUUCUGUAAUUUUCAAUAACUUUUAAUAAAUAUUAAUUCAAUAAAGUCAAUUAAUUUUUUUGAAGUUUACAACUUUUUUCAUAGAAAACACAAAAAUACAUCUUUGUGAAACAAUUUUUUUUAAUAUAAAAUUUAUCUUAAUGGAACGGAGGGAGUAUGUUUUUUCGAACAAUCAGUUAAGAACAUUCUAUCAAAAAUUGUUUAGAUUGAUAUUCUGAUGUUAAUUAGCUUUAAAACUAGCUGAUGGCACUUGCCGGCUUUAAAUACACCGACCAAACAUAUUUGUCCAUUUAUUCGGUCACAACUAUUAAGAUUUUUAGAUAUUAGUAAAUUAUAUAUAUAUAUAUAUAUAAUUUAUACCAAAUUUAGACCUUAAUAUAUAUUUUUCAUUUUGGUAAUUUGGGAGAAAAAAAUUGUCGCCUGACGGCACGUAGACAACCUUUCAAUCAAUCAAUUAUGCGAAUAAAAACAUAAGACUAAAUAGUCAAAACAUGCUUUAGUAAAAGUGGAUUCAUUAUUGGUUACAGAAAUUGCUUGUUCUUACAAAAAUGAUUAAAA